AUGCCGUUUACCAACAUCAGUGACAACGAAGAGGCCUUACCUACCACAACCGUCACGUUUCUGUCGACCACUGAUUUCUGUUCCUGGGAAGACCCGAACCCGUGUACAAUGAAUCCUUGCCUGCAUGGAACAUGUGAAAACAAAGAUGGUGGAUACAUGUGUAUCUGCACACGUGGAUGGACUGGAAAGGACUGUCAGCAAGGUUUUAGCGAGUGCGCCAACAAACCAUGCAAACAUGGAACAUGUGUGAACAAGGAUGGCGGAUACGAAUGUACCUGCAACUCUGGAUGGAAUGGAAAGAACUGCCAGCAAGAAUUUAAUGAGUGCACCAAAGAACCAUGCAAGCAUGGACGCUGUGUGAGCAUAGAUGGCGGAUACAACUGCAACUGCGACCCUGGAUGGACUGGCAAAAACUGUCAGCAAGACAUCAACGAGUGCACCCGAAAACCAUGCCAGCAUGGACACUGUGUUAACAAAGCCGGCGGAUACAAAUGUACCUGCUCACCUGGAUGGGCUGGACAGAACUGUCAGCAAGACAUAGGUGAGUGUGCAAGGAAGCCAUGCCAACAUGGACGCUGUGUGAGCAAAGAUGGCGGAUACAACUGCAACUGUAACACUGGAUGGACUGGCAAAAACUGUCAACAAGACAUCAACGAGUGCACCCGAAAACCAUGCCAGCAUGGACACUGUGUUAACAAAGCCGGCGGAUACAAAUGUACCUGCAACCCUGGAUGGGCUGGACAGAACUGUCAGCAAGACAUAGAUGAGUGUGCCAGGAAGCCAUGUCAACAUGGACGCUGUGAUAACAAAGAUGGCGGAUACAACUGCAACUGCGACUCUGGCUGGACUGGAAAGAACUGCCAGCAAGACAUAGAUGGAUGUGCCAGACUUUCCUGUAAACAUGGCCACUGUGUAAGCAAAGAUGGCAGAUACAGGUGCAUCUGCGACCCUGGAUGGACUGGAGGAAACUGUCAACAAGAAAAAGGCAUCGACAAGUGCAGCGGAAAACCAUGCCAUCAUGGCCGCUGUGUGAAAAAAGUCGGCGGAUACAAAUGUACCUGCAACCCUGGAUGGACUGGACAUAGCUGUCACCUAGACAUAGAUGAGUGCGCCAUGAAACCAUGCCGACACGGACUCUGUGUGAACAAAGAUGGCGGAUUCAACUGCAACUGCGCUCCUGGAUGGACUGGCAAGAACUGCGAGCAAGACAUAGAUGAGUGCAUUGCGAAACCCUGUCAACAUGGACGCUGUGUGAACAAAGAUGGCGGAUACAGCUGCAACUGUGACAUUGGAUGGACUGGAACAAACUGUCAGCAAGUCACCAACGAGUGUAAAGAGAAUCCAUGUGAGCAUGGACGCUGUGUGGAUGAAGAUGGUGGUUACAAAUGUACCUGCUCACCUGGAUGGACAGGAAAAAAUUGUCAUCAAGACAUAGACGAGUGUGUCCAAAAUCCCUGUAAACAUGGCGGAUGUGUGAACCAAGAUGGCGGAUACAGCUGCAACUGUGACCUUGGGUGGACUGGCCAAAACUGUCAGCAAGACGUGAAUGAGUGUAUUGGAUACCAGAAAUGUCUACGUGGACGCUGUGUCAACAAAGAUGGUGGAUACACAUGUAUGUGUUAUCGUGGGUGGACUGGAAAGAACUGUCAGCAAGACAUUAAUGAGUGCGCCACAAAUCCCUGUAAACAUGGCGGCUGUGUGAACCAAGAUGGCGGAUACAGCUGCAACUGUGACCUUGGAUGGACUGGACAAAACUGUCAGCAAGACAUAGAUGAGUGUACCAGGAAGCCAUGCCAACAUGGACGCUGUGUGAACAAAGAUGGCGGAUACAGCUGCAUCUGUGACAUUGGGUGGACUGGACAAAACUGCAAGCAAGACAUUGAUGAAUGCGUGACAAAUCCCUGUCAACAUGGCCGCUGUGUGAACAAAGAUGGCGGAUACAGCUGCAACUGUGACACUGGAUGGACUGGACAAAACUGCCGACAAGACAUCAACGAGUGCACCAAACUGCCAUGUCAACAUGGAGUAUGUUUGAACAAGGAUGGUGGAUACAAAUGCAUCUGUGAUUCUGGAUGGACUGGGAACAACUGUAAACAAGACAUAGAUGAGUGUGUCAAAAGUCCCUGUAAACAUGGGGAGUGUUUGAACAAAGCAGGCGGAUACACCUGUUCCUGUGACAAUGGAUGGACUGGGAUCAACUGUCAACAAGACCCCAACCCAUGUGCUAGGAACCCAUGCCUUCAUGGAACCUGUUUCAUGAAGGAUGACGCAUACGAAUGCAAAUGUCACCCUGGAUGGACUGGACAGAACUGUCAACAAGAUGUCGAUGAGUGUGACCGGAAACCAUGUGAGCAUGGCCGCUGUGUGAACAAAGAUGGCGGAUACAAUUGUACCUGCUCACCUGGAUGGACUGGACAUGACUGUGAAAAUGACGUCAAUGAGUGUAAAGAGAAUCCAUGUGAACAUGGACGAUGUGAGAACAAAGAUGGCGGAUACAGUUGUACCUGUUCUCAGGGAUGGACUGGACAGAACUGCCAAAAUGAUGUCGAUGAGUGUAAAGAGAAUCCAUGUAAACAUGGCCGCUGUUUAAACAAAGAUGGCGGAUACAAUUGUGUCUGCUCACCUGGAUGGACUGGACAAAACUGUCAAAAUGACAUAGAUGAGUGUGUCAGGAAUCCCUGUCAACAUGGGCGCUGUGUGAACAAAGAUGGCGGACACAUGUGCUUGUGCGAUCGUGGAUGGACUGGAAAAAACUGUCAGCGAGGUGAAUUGUACAUGUUUAUCUAUGUUUAUAAAGAAUAUUAA